GUUGUAACAUGAAGUAUUUGGAAAGAGACAACGACGGCGGGAAAUAAUUUAAUCAUGGUACCAUUAUGAAAUAAACUCGAAAAAGAAUCGAAAGCAUCAUAACUGUUGAAAAUGGAAGCUACCAAGGAAAAGUCAAGAAGGCUGUCUUCAGAUAUACUUGUUGGUCCAAGCCUCCCGCCAUUUGUGGAAGGCCAACUUAGAUGCUUUCUCCAUGUAAGUGUUGGUGAAGUGAAGUGGAUGUCCAGAAUAAAGCCACCUAGCCAAGUGCACAUCAGUUUUAAAUGGUGGGGACAACAAAGCAACAACAUACUAUUAGAACCAAAAAGUACUGGAAGCUACAAAACCCCAAAAGCUAAAUGUGCUGUUAAGUAUCCAAUCAGAUCUGGACCAAAGCAGUUCAGUGCUUAUCUUAAAGAUAUGGGUUCUCUCAACCUGGAUGUUCUAGCAAAUAAACAAAUGAUUGGCCAAGCACAAAUAAACAAUAUUGGGCUCUUAUGCAACAGCAGACCACUUCAAGGGUUCUACCCAGUAAUCUCAGUAAUUGAUGAUUCACUUCAAAAAGAAAUUGCCUCAAUCUUUGUUUCUUUGGCUUUUCAUUCUGUUGCCAGCAGUUUUAACAUGACCUCCUCAACAAUUCCAACCACUGAUAUGUCAAGUCCUCAGCCUAAAACCUCAAGAGAAUCUUCCAAGCAGGCAAAGCAUUAUAAAAAGGAAAAGGGAGAUGCUAUUUCUACAGGCAAAAUUGUCAGUAAGAAAAAACAAAAGGAAGUAAAAAUAUCAUCAGCUCCUCCCGAGAAGAUUGAAUACAGCGAUCAAAGUAUUGAUGAUAAUUUCCCAAGUUUUGUUGUUGGCCCUGGGAAAAUUAGCUCAACCAGCGACCAAAUAAAUACUGGUCCUCCUAGAGGAUCUUCACAGCGUGACUUAGGCCAUUAUCAGCCGUCUCCGGGACACAAUGCAGAUAGAAAGAUACAUUUAGAUAAGAAAAGUCCAGUAUCAAAGGACCUCGACGGACCAGGUCUGCUCCAUGACCUGAUAGAACGUGGAAAGACCCUCAGGAACAAAAUGCUGCUUUCUUCAUUAGACAGCCCUGAUCAAGUUCAUCAUGAUGGAAAAGCGACAAGCAGCCAUGUUGAAGGCAAUCUUAUCAAGGAAAUUCUUCAUCAAAUUGACGAUGACGUCAUUUUGAAUUCAGAAGAUCACUCGAAAGAAGAAUAUUCAAUGGACAAAAAGUUGGUAGAGAUGGUAACCGGGGAAGAUGAGCUGAACAUAGAAAGACUGAUGAAAAAGUUAGAGCAUGAUUCAGAGGGAAGUCUGAAUGAAGAGUUUAGUGAUAGCGAGGAUCCGAUACGGGAAGCUUCAUUGCUAACUGAUUUGUUUUACAAUGCCAAGCUGAAUUCAUCCGAAGAAAGCUCUGUUGUUCUCAGUGAUGAUUCCGACGAUGGGAAAUCAAAGCCGAGACGUGAAUCAUUCUCGUUAGAAGACCAAGGAAACAAGAGGCCAAAAAAGUCAAAGAAACAAAAGAGGCUGCAUAAGUCUAAAUCUGAAAAGAAAGGCAAACCUGUCGAUGAUUUGCCUGGUUCAGGAAACAGUAUGAAUGACGAAGAUAACAACAGCAUGACAUACAUCAAUCCAAUUUCUAAUGCCAGCCAAGAUGAAUCGACUCAAUUGCCCGAAGAUAACAAAGAUGAACCAGAUAAUAUUUUUGCAAAGAAGAUCGAAAGGCUUAUUCCAGAAGGAAUGGACUUGGACACAAUAACAAUUUUGGCAAGGGCUCGUUUUGCUAGAGUUAUUGUGCAUAAGCUCGAUGUAAAAAGCAAUGACAUCGAACCAAACAACUGCACUUUCUUUAUUGAAUAUGAAUUCCCUUUUCACUCACGGGAAUCGACUGCCAACUAUCCAGCGUACAACGAAGUGAUAAGAUGUGCAUCUAACAAAGUAGUCGAAAAGAGUGUAGUCUUCAAUCACAGAUCUGUAUUCCCGGUGCACUUUGACGGACCCACUCUCACCAAGUGGUGGGACAAGCGAAUCACUUUCAAAGUAUUCUCUCGGGGGCGCUCCUCCGCGUCGCAUGUUCUAAUCGGUAAACAGUCAGUAGCCUUACGAAGGAUCUUGCUUAGUGAUGAUUUUAUCUACCAAGCAAACAUCGAUGUUGUCGGUGAAUCGAAUGCACAGAAGGAACGGGACAACGCAAAGUUGAUGGAUGAUGUAUUUGGACAAUUGGAGCUUUCUAUAGAGCUUGGAUCUGAUAAAGAAGAUUUAAAGCAUAAAAAUCGUGAAAUUAUAGAAACGAUUUCGACUCAGGCAGUUAAACAUCAAGGUAUCGUAGUCUCCAAGAAGCCAGGAAGAGAAACAGAACAAAGUAAAACUCCAUUAAUUAGGAAUGCCAAUUUAAAGGUGAAUCAAAAUGGAACCACGCAGCGCCAGCUUUAUCCUUCAGAAGCAGUCGAGAAACCCUUGCCUUGCGAGAACAUUGCACUGCACAGUCUUCUGCUUAUUCCAGAAGGUAGAGUUUGUACUGAUGGUUUUGAAAGUGGUCUUGCAAAGCCGGUCAAUGCUUAUUUGGUCUGUAGAAUGUUCUGGGAUGCAUCUGUUGCGAAGAGCAAGGUUUGCUGGAGCACUGUUGACCCGGAAUUUCAAUUUGUACAGACUAUUCCGUUGAUGCUAAACUCACAGUUACUUGACCGAGCUAAGGACAAUUUUAUGGUCGUCGAAAUAUGGAACAAAUCAUUGACUGCUGAUGAUGACAUGGUGAUUGGCAUCGUAAAGUUGUCUCUCCAUCCAUUUUAUUUAUCAUUCAAAGACCGAGGAAUUGUAAAGACUCUUCUCAAAUCACAGUACCCUGUGGUAGCCGCUGAUGGGUUUAUCCAAAUAAAGAACCUGUUCUCAGGUGCAGACAGCGGACGGCUACAAGUAUUACUUGCAAUGGGGACUCGGGAACAGAUAGCAAACUUGUUAAAGAUGAAGAAAGGAUCAUAUUCUAAGUCGAUAGAUGCACAAGGAAUAUUACAGCCUUUUGGAGAUCAUGGUGCAGAGGCCGGGUCAGAGAUCAAAUCAGCGGUCAGAUCAGAGGUCGAAAGGCAUUCAGAAGAGCAAAGAAACAGUGUUGAUCAUAUAUUUGUGGUAUCUGUUGAAAAUGCCAAGAAUCUUGGUCAUUCAAAAGAAGUUGGAAAUGCGGACUGUUUUGUGCAGUAUCAGUUCCCGGAGCACAAGCACACAAACAAAGUUAGCAGCCCUGCCUGGCAUAAAACCCAAACUACGCUGUUGGUAGAAAACCCUUUGUUUGGUUACUCCAAAAAGCAUAACAUCACUAUACCAGCUGAUAUGCCUGUGCAGAGUUUUAUGUUGAGGUCAUUUGAGCAUCACACUUCGCUUAAAUCAAUGGGGAUUCCUUUGGAAGUCUGGCAGAGGUCAUAUUAUCCCAACAUCAGAGACUGUCUUUUGUACAAAACCAGCAUACCAAUGGCAAAGAUCUAUGCAAUGAUUACAAUGAGGCAGGAGAAAGAUGUUUCAAUUCAGUCAUUCAAGCUUCCACUCACACCUGUCAAUAUACCUGAUAAUGGCGACAUUUCCCACUCAAAAGCUACAUUGAAUGUUGGCAUCAGUUACCAACAGAGCUCGACUCAGAAGGUUGGAUUGAUGGACUCCAAAGGUCCUUGUGUUUGCAUAUCUGUCAGUAUUCUAAGGGCAUGUGGACUAAAGGCAGUUCUGUUCCCACCAAAAAGUCGAGAAUCUCGUAUGAGAAGUCUUCCAACCUCUGGCUUGAACACAUUUGUCAAGAUAUGGUUAUCAUUUCUUGGAGUCGAGUCAUGCCGUGUUUCCCCGGUCAUUGUACGCUCCUUCGCUCCAACAUUUUCAUUUCACAUUGACUUCCCUGUAAAUGUCAUAGAAGAUUUUUUAGAUGAUGCUGAUUAUGACGAGGAUUCGACUCUAGCAUAUCACUUGGAAAAUGGUUUCGUGGAAGUCGAGAUGUUCCAUAAGCCACUGAAAAGUGGGUUUAUGUCUGAAAAGAAUGGUACAUCGGAAGACGGUGCAUCUGAACUGCUGAUCGGGUGUUGCAGAGUUCCACUGCUGGCUCUUUUGUGUCAUAACACAGGCAUUAAAGGUUGGCAUCCAAUAAAUGUGCCGCGAGCCUAUCGCCAAAGUAGGUAUCAAUCAAAGGGGAAAACUGAUGCAGAUGAAUUCCAGAAGAUGAUUGGAGGCCUUGAGCUUGCUGUUAAGUUUGGAAAAGAAACAGACCGAGAACUCGUUAUAAACACGGCAAGGGGCGCCGGAUGGAGUCCUUUAGAAUCCAUUGAAACACACGAGGAAAGUUUUCAGGACUUUGAUCAACGGGGUACAGUUAGCUUGAAGGCUGUUUGGUCGGUAGAGAAACUCUGGGUGCCUGUUGAGGUUAUCGAGAAAGUACACAUUGCUGACAGGGAAAAUUUGAGAAUUUAUUGCCGUUACAAAUUCUAUGACAAAGCUGCUUUCACAUCAAAACUGGUGACGUUGGAUGAAACAUCUUCCCCAGACAUGCUGAGCGCUGACUUGAACCAUCUGAAGAGCUACCUAAUUUCUGCAUCAUCUGCUUUGUCUUGGUAUUUGAGGGAAGAAUUCAUUGAAUGUCAAAUUUGGCUCAAGGCUUUGAGUAAGAAAGACAAUAUUGUGACUAACAAGUCACGUGAUAGGCUGCUUGGCUCUGCUUACAUAGACGCGAGUGGCAUUGCUAAAAGUUCCACUUUGAAAGGAUCUGUGAGCGGGCUGUAUCCCAUGUAUAAAUCUGGGGCAGAUUUACUUGGUGGAUCCUGUGUCAGGAUUUCUUUACGAAUAACUGAAGAUGGAGAGGAAAAUAUAGAAGAAACGGUAACUAGCAAUGAUUCAAUCGCUACAAACUAUCCAAAGGAUGAAGAAUCUGAUAUUUCUAGUAUCGUAGAAGAUGUCCAAGGAGACAAGCAACAGAAAAGGAUGAGAAAAAGAAAUGCUACACCUGCACAGGAAGAUGAAAGGAUUCGAGAAGAUAUAACGGGCGUUGAUUGUCAAAUUGUCAUAGAAGAGGCACUUCAUUUACCAUUUGAGACCAAUUUACAAGGUUCUAGGUGCCCACCAUCAACAUUUAUGGCCUACCAACUGACACCAUUUCAUCGGUCUGUUUGUACAUCUAUUGUUUUUCAUUCUACAAAACCGUGUUGGAAUUUUAAGAAGGUGGAAAGACUUGAUCUUGCCAAAAUUCCAAACCAAGUUUUGGUUUUCAAGCUGUUCAAAAAGACACCAUCUAAUGAUCAAAAGCCAGAUACAUCCAAAGAUCCAGUUAUUGGCACAACAACUGUAGAUAUUUCUCUUCUUUUUACUGGUUUUCGUCAAAUCCAUGGCUGGUACAACAUUGUAGACUUUUCUGGACAAAAUGUGGGGCAGGUCAAGGUGGGAGUCAUUCCUGGAAAACCAGUAGCCACUUCUCCUUCAGCCAGAUACUUCUGCAGAGAGGUGUUAGCUGAUAAGAUACAUGGUGAUCUUUUCUGGGGAUCCAAUCCGGUAAGAGCACUGGAUUUUGAAGACAUCGAUCAAGGCCAAAAAGAUGAAUGGUUAGGAAAGAAAUCAACUUCAAAAGUCAUCCCUUCUGCUGAGGUGCAAAGGCAAGAGACAAACGAGCAGAAUCCAGUGGAGCCUUCUUCAUCAACAUCUACUUUGUUUCACAGAUUAAGGGAUCAAAUGUCAGAUCUUGAUGAUCUGACAAAGGAGCUUCGAAAUAGGCUAAAAUCAUAUGAUCAACAAGAUGUGAAAGUUAGAAGUGAGGUCAGGAUUCCUGAUGAGGACAUACAUAGAUUUUUGUUAGACAACUUGACUGUGGAAAACAAUGAUGGAAAUGAUUCAGGAAAUAAAUCAAAUGUGGUAGGGAAUAAAAAUGAGCCUUUCAGAACAGCAGAUAUUGACAAAGUUACAAUAGGACAAAACAUGGAUAUAGGAGAUCUGAGUGCAGAUUAUAGCAAUCAUCCAAAUGAUGACCCUCAAAAACUGAGUGAUUUAGAAAAUAAUGAUGCUAUGUUACCUGAACACAAAUAUCUUGAGGAUGAUGUUAUGAAUAUUCAUGAGACUUUAUCUGCUCCAGAGCCUGGUGAAAAUGCAAACCCAAUUACAGACCACAGACUUUAUGAUAGCUUUGAUGAUGUAUUGAAAGACUGGCAGUCGUAUAGACAGGGUACCCAUGCACAUGAUUUUCUUAACUCUGAUGGUGCUAUUUCUGAGGACUCUUUUCAGACUAAGCAAAAGCCUCCAAGCACAGAUUCACCUAAGGAGCUAAUAGUGUCAAAUAUAAGUGAUAUAUCAUUUCUAUCAGAAAUAAACAAAUUCAAUGAUAAUCAAUGUAAGACUAAAGCAGAAAGAAAAAAUGGAGAAUCUGCCAGACUGGACUUAGGAAAUAGUUCUCACAUUGGAUCUGUAGAAAACUUGAAUCCAGAGGAUGGCAAUUCAAGUUUUGCAAGUGAGAAAGAUGUUGAAGCUUCUUAUUCUGAAGUUGAUGUUUUAGGCAAAAUUCUUAAUGAUAGAGAAGGAGAUUUUACUGCAUUGUUUCAAGGAGAGCCUGUUUCAUUCAGUCCUGAUGAAAAAUUGGUAGACAAUUCAAUUUCUGAAAGGGACAUCAUCAACUCUGAUAGAGAAGGCAAUGACAGGAAUUGUGAUCUCAGUGAUAAAAAUUUACUUGCAAGUUCUCCAGAGCAAAACUUUGACCAACAGUCUCAUUCUAACAAUGAAAAUCGUGAACUGCCAACCAAAUCUCCAGAGCUGCCAAACUUCUUUAUGCCAUCUGAUAUGCUUGUCAAGUCUAUGCAAAAAUAUCGUUUGACAAAAGUGCAUGGCAGUGGUCUGGAGGAUGAUGCACAGGCUGAGAAUAAAGAUGAGCAUCAUGGAUUUGGAACAAAAGAAAUUGAACAAGAAUAUAAAAGAAGAAGACAAUUAUAUACAACCAAAGAAACAAGACCUUCAUUAGAUAAACCACCCCCAUUGCAAACAUCAGAGAUGAACAGAAUAGCAAGUAUUUUCACUUCAAAGUUCACUUGAUUUUGUAUUUAGAUUAAAAUGUGACAAGUCAUUGUUCUUGAUGUUGAAAUCUGUUAAUAUGUAGAUUUAUGGAAGAUAAACUAUGAAUGAGACAA